CUGACAUUGACAUAUUUCUGACUGACUUACGUCACGAUCAAACUCGACCUUCGUUCGCCAUGGAUCGUACGAAAUACAAAAAUAAACACUGAAAAAAAUCUAUUCUUCUUUAAUUUAGGUGUUCCAGAAUCAUAAAAAAUGCUGUGUGCUUUGCCUCGUACUGUUUUAGGAGCAGUCGCCCCCAAGAUAUUUAUUCCAAGAAACAACCAUAUUAGAAAUUUCUGGGAGUAUGUAAAUAUGAUGUUCAAUAAGCCAGACACAGACCGAAUCAAACAAUUUGGUCCAGACCGCGCUUGUGCCGAAUGGGUAUUACGAAAUGGUGGCAAAGUAGUUUGGGCCGGUGGAAAGAGAUUAGCAGAUUACAACUUGUUACCACCAGAAAAACAACAUGUUCCAAAGUUGGUAGAGAUCGAUGGAACGGAUUCAUCUAUUUCACAUUAUGGCUUUCCACAUUUAAUUGGAUGUACACAGUUAAGCAGAGUCAUCCUCCAUAAUAGCAACUAUAUCGAUGAUAGAGCAUUAAAAGGACUCUCCUACGGGCGGGACACAAUAACCCAUCUUCAAGUGUCUAAGUGCAUCAAUGUCACAGAUGCAGGAAUAAAAGAAUUAAAAAAUCUUCAUAAACUAGAAACAUUAAUUCUUUUUCACUUGGAGAGUGUUACAAAUUUAGAAGAGUGUAAACUAAUUAUUCAAUUGCAUUUACCUAAGUGCAAAAUUCAAGGUCUAAAAGAUGGAGUUCCUAUAAAUGAAAAACAAUAAUGAAAAGUCAUGCCAUUUUAUCUACUUACCUAACAUCAUUUUGAAAAUUUACACACAAUAUAACAAUGUAAAAUAUGUUUUUGUAUUCUAUAUAUAAAAUUGAAUGAACAAACUUUAAAUACAAACUUGAACAGUGA